AUGUCCAUCCGUCAGCUCCCUGACCAUGUCGUCGACAAGCUCAAGUCCUCGGCCGCCGUCACCUCGCUGAACAGCGUUGUCUGCGGCCUCAUCACGAAUUCAUUGGAUGCCAGCGCUACUCGCAUCAACGUCCGCCUCGACUUUGUCCGCGGCGAUUGCCUUGUCGAGGAUGAUGGCAUCGGCAUAGAGCCUCGCGAGUUUCUCGAGGAUGGCGGCCUUGGCAAGCUCCAUCACACCUCCAAGGAUCCUGAGAAUCCAGCCGUCCACGGUAGACGUGGCGACUUUCUCGCAGCUGUCGCGACCCUGUCGUUUCUCUCGGUGGCAUCCCAUCAUCACCGUCACGUAUCGCAGGCUUCCAUGUCGAUACACAACUCGCAAGUCUUGACGCGGCAUGCCCCAGCUCCUCCGGAACAGCGUUUCGAAACCUUUGAUCACGGCACUCGAGUGUCCAUCCGCUCCCUGUUUGGCUCCAUGCCCGUCAGAGUCAAGCAUCGAGCGUCGAUGUUUUCUGAGCGAUCUGCCGUCGAUAAGGAAUGGAGCAACCUUGUUCGAGAAGUCGUGACGCUGCUGCUGGCGUGGCCAACUGAAGUGUCCGUUUCAUUGCACGAACGGACCACGCAACGCCAAGUACGGCUCAAGUCUGCCUCCACCACAGAUCUCGUCGCCCGGGUAUCCAGGCUCUUCGUUCAGGCGUCACUGGCGGAUUCUAGCGACGCCCCAUCAUGGGUGCCCGUGUCAGCUUCAUCUCGCAACGUGCGCAUCAAGGGUUGUAUCUCCACGACUCCGGUGGCAACAAGACGGUCGCAAACCAUGAGUCUCGGCAUUCACCCCAUACAAGAUAGCCAUGACUCAAACGUGCUCUACGACGCCGUCAACAAGGUGUUUGGCAACUCGAGCUUUGGUGUUGUUGAGGAUGAGGGAUCAGGCCCGAGUGCGAAGCCACGAAAGGGGCUCGAACGAUGGCCCAUGUUUUACAUUCAGAUCCACUUGAACGGAGUCGAGAUUCAGGUAAAUGAACUUGUCGACAACUCUCGAAAUGCGUUGAGCGACAUUGCGGACUUGUUGCAGACGAUCUCCUUUGAGUUUCUCAAGAAGAAUCGCUUUCGGCCUUUAGCCAUCGAUAGACUGUCAGACAAGACGGCAUUUUCUACUGCAAAGGUGCCCAAACGCUCAAGCAAGCCAUCCAGCCGGUCCCCUGCGCCAUCACGGGCAAGGACCAGCUCGCCACCCCCCGGUGGCUCUGCUCCUGAUUCCAGAGCGGAGAGCCCCUUUGGUGAUUGGCAUCGUGGUAAAGUCGGAUGGGCAACGUCGCGCCUCCCCGGUUCAAAGGCGCUACCAAAGGAAAGGGGCAGGAGACAGUCUCCAGACCACGGCCCACGGCGCCUGGUCGGUCAAGGUGGGAAGAUCGUCCGCAGGCCGUUUGACGACCCUCCAGCGGAUGAGCCCGAGUCCGUCGGCUCCGCGGAUGGCACCGUCGAAACCACUUCAAUCGCCACCACUUCCGAGUGUGUACCCGGCCCAGGGGAUCAACCGAAACGUCUCCGAGUGCUUGAGAGCAGGCCCAAACCUGCUCCUAAGCCAUGGCUCCAAGACAUCCUCGAUUCGUGGCAGAACCCAGUCUUUGAGACUACGCCGACGACAGUGCCCCAAAUUUCUAUUGAUGACCCCACGGGCGUCCUACAUCGGCGGCCGUCCGGCUUGCACCACUGUCGGGACAACGAAAUGGACGUCAAUUUCGAGGCAGGGUCUGUCAACCUCGCCGGACGUCUCUCACGUUCCGCCAUGGCUGACGCCGAAUUCAUCGCCCAAGUCGACCGCAAGUUCAUACUCAUCAAGUUGCCCUUGGAGCCGAUGACCCAAAUGGCUGGCGAGAGAAACUCGCAAGCACUAGUCAUGGUGGAUCAACACGCAGCUGACGAGCGGUGCCGACUGGAAGAGCUCAUGGCAGAAUAUUUUGUGAGCUCGGGCGCAGACGCGGUCAAGCCGAUGACCCAGGCGCUGGAGCAACACAUUGUGUUUGAAACGCCUAGCAGGGAGGGUGCGCUCAUUGAUCGUUAUCGGGGGCACUUUCGAGCAUGGGGGAUCCGUCUUGUUGUCGAGUCAGCGGCCGGCGCGUCCACAGUCAGGGUCACGGGCCUUCCGCCAAGCAUACUCGAGAGGUGCCGCGGCGAGCCUCGCCUCAUCAUCGAUCUAAUCCGCAAGGAGACGUGGGCGCUAGAAGAUAACAACGCCGUGCCAGAGCGAUCCCUCUCACGCGAAGCGGGGAAGUCAUGGCCGUCGUGGUUUCGUGGCUGUCCCUCAGGGAUCCUCGAGCUACUCUAUUCGCGAUCCUGCCGCAGCGCCAUCAUGUUCAACGACGAGCUGUCGCCGGACGAGUGUCGGGCGCUGGUGGGGCGGCUCGCGCGGUGCGCGUUUCCGUUUCAGUGCGCCCACGGACGGCCGAGCAUGGUGCCGCUGGCGGACAUCGGUUCGGGAGGCGGCCGGAUCGGCGGGUGGCGGGACGGGACGGGCGUCGAGGCAGAGCGGUGGAAGAGGUGGAUGGAUGGGCGAUGA